AUGGCUAACAAUGAUGAAAUUGAGUUGCCUCCGCCUCAGGGUCCCUCUGAGGGAACUUCCACCAUACCCCAGGCUACUCAACCACCGCUCCCUGCAAUGAGCGAUCACAUUCUACCACCAGGGUAUGUGCCCAACUACAGCUUCCAUACCGUCCCUGGUAUCUCUAAUGCGCAGCCUUCUGCCACAUCGGUUAGGAACACACCUCUCAUCGUUUCUGGUCUGCCUGUGUAUACAAUCCCCCCACCAAAUCUUGUGACGAGGCCAAACAUCGAGUCGCUAUCUCAUGUUUAUGAUGGCGAAUACUACUCUCCAGACAUGUCUUUUAAGGGUUCGGCUCCACACAGUCAGACCCCACAGUAUGUGUUACCUGCAGAAAAUAAAAAGGCUAUAAAGACAGUAGAGCGAGACGAGAUGGUACUGCAACCAGCUGAGGGGGCAGGAGGAAAAGAAAAGUUGUUGAUGGCUUAUUUUGGGGAGAGUUUGGUAGGGGUAGCCUCUGAAUGGUUCAUUGACCAAGAUAUCUCUCACUGGCAUGUUUGGGACGACACGGCCCAUACUUUCGUCAAACAAUUUCAGUAUAACAUUGAUAUUGCGCCAGAUCACAAUUCCCUAUCCAAUAUCAAGAAAAAACCGACUGAAAGCUUCAGGGAGUAUGCCGUUAUAUGGAGAGAGCAAGCAUCCAGAGUUAAACCACCCAUGGAUGACCACGAGUUAAUCACUAUCUUCCUUCAGGCUCAGGGUCCUGAUUAUUUUCAAAAUAUGAUGGCUGCAAUGGGCAGACCUUUUGCUGAUGCAAUAAAGAUAGGAGAAAUGGUCGAGAACGGCCUCAAUACUGGCCGAAUUAUAAGUCAAGCGGCUCUCAAAGCAGCCACCAAAGAAAUACAGAAUAGGCCGAAUAGCUGUGUUAACCAAAAGAAGAAAGAUGAGGAGGCCAUGAUGGCAUCACGGGCAAAAAGAGGCCAAAAAGGAACAUCCCAACCCUCGAAUCCACGAUACUCAGUUGCUCCACAGUAUGCAACUCAGUCUUUUGCCAAACCAUCCAAUUGCCAACAUAUGCAGGCCCCAACUCUAACAUACCUUCAUCCACGACAUCAGAACUUUCAAUCACUCUACAACGCUCGUCCAAAACAAGAGUGUGAAUGGGAACAUAAGCGGAGGGACAAUUUCAUGCCAAUCGUAGAAUCCUACACAAGUUUGUUUGAAAGGUUGAAACGUUGUGGCAUGAUUGAGCCGCUUCAAGGGUAUGUUCCUGAUCCAUAUGCAAAAGGUUUUGACCCUGCUGUACGGUGCAUGUACCAUUCUAAUGUCCAGGGAUAUAGCAUUGAGGGUUGUCGGGCUCUGAAAAGGGAAAUAGAAAAGAUUAUUCAAGAAGGAAUGAUCGUGGUCCAAGAUAAUGGCACCCUAAACGUCAUGACCAAGCACGCAUUGUUCGGAUGA